AUGGCAACAGGCGCAGUCGAUGGCAUUUGGUACUGGAAAUCGAAUGCUAAUCCUUUUUCUUCAACGGAACCAGCAGAAUGGUCGCGAUUUUCCGAUAUUGAAAAUGAAAUAAUUGAGGAUGCCUUCCAACAUAACAAAAAAGAAGUGUUGCUUGACAAUCAUUCUAUUGACUUUAAGUUGGAAUUACAAAUAAACAAAUCAGAUAAAACAAGGCAGCGGCCGGUACUGCGUAAAUCGGACGACUGUAAUCAACAAUUUGCACCACGCGAAACACGAUUUAAUAUUGUUGAUAUGCCGGUGAAAACAUUUACGGAAGCUGGUGGCUUCAGCAAGCUUCAGCAUAGUAGCGUACCGUCGUUAUUUCGUAAUUGGGUACAGAAAAUAAAUACAAAAGAAUUACGUAGUUUUAUUUUGUUAUAG